CGCCGCCGAAGCCGCCGCAGCGGGCGAGGCGGGGAGCGGCCGACGGGGAGCGGCCGACGGGGAGCCAAUCGGCUCCGGGGAGGGGCGGGACUUCCUGCGCGGGGGCCCGAACGGCUCGGUCGCUGGGCUCCGUGGUCCCCGGCUAGGCGGCGGCGGCGGCGGCGGCGACGUCUCCUCCGUGGGGAGGCGCGCGGAGCCAUGACGUCAGCGUCCACAAAGGUCGGAGAGAUCUUCUCGGCGGCGGGCGCCGCCUUCACGAAGCUCGGGGAGCUGACGAUGCAGCUGCAUCCCGUGGCCGACUCUUCCCCCGCGGGUGCCAAGUGGACGGAGACGGAGAUAGAGAUGCUGAGGGCUGCCGUGAAGCGGUUUGGGGACGAUCUUAAUCACAUCAGCUGUGUCAUCAAGGAACGGACAGUGGCCCAGAUAAAGGCCACCGUGAAGCGCAAGGUAUAUGAAGACUCCGGCAUCCCCCUUCCAGCUGAGUCGCCCAAGAAAGGGCCCAAGAAGGUGCCAUCUGGUGUCCUGUCACCUCCUGCAGCUGCCCCUCCACCAAGCAGCUCCAGUGUCCCUGAGGCUGGGGGUCCCCCCAUAAAGAAACAGAAGGCUGAUGUGACACUCAGUGCUCUGAACGACUCGGACGCCAACAGUGACCUGGUGGAUAUCGAAGGGCUGGGAGAAACUCCUCCGGCCAAGAAACUCAACUUCGACCAGGACAGCCUGACCCUGGAUUCUGGCCUUCUCGUGACCUCUGCUGACCCUCCUCUGAUCUCUCGCUGACCCUCCCACCUCUGACCUCUCUCACUGUUCCCCCUGGACCUGCGGAUCCCCUGGGACUCUGAGCAAGCCUGCAAGGUCAAAAGGCUGCUGGGGCCGCACACCUUGCCCUUCCCGUACGCGCAUCUGCCCCCAACCCCUCUGACCUCCACCUGAUGAAUUUUUUAUACAGAAAUCAAUAAAGAUUGCCCUCUCCGC